GAGGGACCCUGAAACUGUCACGUCUGACUUCAACCGUUUUUUUCGUUUUUGUUUUUGUUUUUGUUUUUUGCUUCGUUCCUUACCCUGUACCACUCUAAAGAUCUGAAUCUGUAGCAGUCGGAGGAGUACUUCGAUCUCUUGCAAAGACCUGAGAUUUUUGGGAGAGUUUCGAUCCGAAAUGGCGACCAUGGAGAGUUUGAUUGGGUUGGUCAACAGAAUCCAACAAGCUUGCACAGUUUUAGGUGAUCAUGGAGGAGAGGGAUCUCUCUGGGAAGCUCUUCCUUCCGUGGCUGUCGUGGGAGGCCAGAGUUCCGGUAAAUCGUCCGUCUUGGAAAGCGUUGUAGGGAGAGAUUUCCUUCCCCGAGGAUCAGGUAUUGUGACGAGGAGGCCUUUGGUGCUGCAGCUUCACAAGACGGAAGAUGGGAAACCGGAGUAUGCUGAGUUUCUUCAUGCUCCAAGGAAGAAAUUUUCUGACUUUGCUGCUGUGCGUAAGGAGAUUCAGGAUGAAACUGAUCGAAUAACUGGGAAAACGAAGAGUAUCUCCAACAUUCCAAUUCAGCUAAGCAUCUACUCUCCAAAUGUUGUGAAUUUAACACUCAUUGAUCUACCUGGGUUGACAAAAGUAGCUGUAGAGGGACAACCAGACAGCAUUGUUGAAGAUAUUGAAAACAUGGUCCACUCCUAUGUUGAUAAACCUAAUUCCAUCAUAUUGGCCAUUUCUCCCGCAAAUCAAGAUAUUGCCACUUCGGAUGCCAUAAAGCUCGCGAGAGAAGUUGAUCCUUCUGGUGAAAGAACAUUUGGAGUGGUGACAAAGCUUGAUCUGAUGGACAAGGGUACCAAUGCUUUGGAUGUUCUUGAAGGAAGAUCCUACAGACUGCAGCAUCCCUGGGUUGGAAUUGUGAACCGUUCACAAGCCGAUAUUAAUAAGAAUGUGGAUAUGAUUGCUGCCCGUAGAAAGGAGAUGGAAUAUUUCGAAACUAGCACUGAUUAUAGUCACUUGGCACAUAAAAUGGGAUCAGAAUAUCUAGCAAAACUUCUAUCUCAGCAUUUGGAGACGGUAAUCAGGCAACGCAUACCAAGUAUUAUAGCUUUAAUAAAUAAGACAAUUGAUGAGCUUAAUGCAGAGUUGGACCAUCUUGGCAGGCCUAUUGGAUCUGAAGGGGGGGCCCAGCUGUUUACAAUUCUAGACAUGUGUCGUGCGUUUGACCGUGUAUUCAGGGAGCACCUGGAUGGAGGGCGACCUGGUGGAGAUCGGAUAUAUGGGGUUUUUGAUAACCAAUUACCAGCUGCUCUGAAGAAGCUUCCUUUUGAUCGACAUCUUUCUUUACAAAAUGUUCGAAAAGUUGUUUCAGAAGCAGAUGGUUAUCAGCCCCAUUUGAUUGCUCCAGAACAGGGAUACAGAAGGCUUAUUGACAGUUCUCUUGGAUACUUUAAGGGCCCAGCUGAAGCCUCAGUUGACGCUGUGCACUUGGUUUUGAAAGAUCUUGUUCGAAAGUCUAUAGGUGAGACAGAGCUCAUAAUAUUUUAUGAUUUGUUGAUACCACAAAUCUGUAUUAUCCCACUAAGUCACCUGCUUACCAAUUGUAAGGAAUUGAAGCGGUUCCCAUCACUACAAGCUGACAUAGCAGCAGCAGCAGGAGAAGCCUUGGAAAGAUUCCGUGAAGAUAGCAGAAAAACAAUUAUACGAAUGGUGGACAUGGAAUCUAGUUAUCUGACAGUGGAAUUCUUCCGGAAGCUACCUACGGAGCCAGAGAAGAGCUCAAGUGCUACACCUUCCUCUAAUACGGAGCGAUAUUCAGACAGCCAUUUCCGACGGAUUGGGUCCAAUGUCUCAGCUUAUGUAGGCAUGGUAUGUGAUACGCUAAAUAAUUCCAUACCCAAGGCUGUUGUUCAUUGUCAAGUUAGAGAAGCAAAACGUUCACUGCUCAAUCGUUUCUAUGCCCAACUUGGAAGAAAGGAGAAGGAGCAGCUAGGGGCAAUGCUAGAUGAGGACCCAGGACUCAUGGAGAAGAGGGAAGGUUUAGCUAAGAAGCUUGAGCUUUACAAGAAAGCUAGGGAUGAAAUCGACUCUGUAGCAUGGAAAAGAGAAUAAAUGCGAAUGGUCAUGCUUGCAAAUGCAUUUGGUUGUUAUACACAUAUGCAUAGCCACAGACUACUAUUCACACGACUUAAUUGUUAAUUUAAUUAUUCUUUUUGUACUCAACAUAAUAAAAACCCAGGUGUAUAACAUUUAACCAGUUUUUUUUUUUUU